AUGGGGGAAUCAUCUAGUUUUUGGGAGCUCAAUCUUAGCACUUCCACGAACACCUCAUUGUCGCACGAAGCAGAUAAUAUGCUAACCCAAAUCUCGUCGUUUUUACCCCCUCAAAACAUUGUAAGUGCCAUUUCACAUAACCAGGAACUUAACAAAUACCCGAUUCCUACAAUCAUGAAACCCAGGAAAAACAAACGGCCUGAGUGCAUCAGUGUCCCUGAUAAUAGUUCAUUAAUCCCCUUGCGGAGAUCAGUUACAAUUCCACGCUUCCCCAAGAUUUGGUUUAGUAAUGUUAGGUCGAUGGUCAAUAAGUUAGACGAGGUCUCAGCAUCAAUUUCCACCGAAUUAUACGAUGUUGUCGUAAUUACUGAAACAUGGUUAAAUUCACGAGUAACUGAUGAACUUAUUCGUAUACCUGGCUAUGUAUCGUGCCGAAGGGAUAGACCGAAUAACCAACGCGGGGGCGGUCUUUGUACCUAUUUAAAUUCACAACUUAAUUUUACUGAAUUAACUGACCUGAGUGAGCCAGAAAUUGAGAGUCAAUGGUUUCUAAUCAGAAUGGAACGUUUACCACGAGGAAUCAACUCUAUUUUAUUGGGAACAGUUUACCAUCCUCCUCAGAGUGAUGACCAUGUUCUUCGAAUGCAUAUCCUAAUUCUGCCAUCUUGGUCCUUGGUGAUUUCAAUCAAUUCAAACCAGGAAAUCUCCAAGAAACUGGUUACCAAGCCCACCAGGGGAAGUAAUAUCCUUGACCAAGCUUUUUCAACUCUGUCACCUUACUACGAUGCCAUCAUCCUGCCUCCUAUUGGUAAAUCCGAUCAUUCCAGUAUCUUACUACAACCUAUUUCGACACAUGCUCCAAGUCUACCAACCACACGAUUGCAAAAGCGUGAUUAUCGAGCUCCUAACAAACAAAAUUUGAUCUCUCGUCUGAAUACUGUUAACUGGACGCCACUCAUGCGGCUGAAUUCAUGCGAGGAACAACUGGAUUCUUUCCAGUCGGUAGUUCACAUUGCUUUGAAUUCCUGUAUCCCCAUGCGUACUGUGAAACAUCAUCCUAACGACAAAGCAUGGAUUACUCCUGUUAUUAAAGAAUCUAUUAAGAAACGUCAACAAGCUUGGUUGAAUAAUGACUUACACCAAUAUAAUGUUUAUCGCAAUAAAGUGAUAAAACUCUGCAAGAGAGCACGCCAAAGAUUCUACAAUGACAAAAUUAAUCACAUGCAUGAGAGUAAUCCUAAAAAGUGGUGGGACGGAAUUAAGCUGUUGUCUGGACUUUCUAAUCCUCCCCCGUUAACAAGCUUAGCCGUAAAUGGCACUGUUUUGAAGGACUUCGAUCUUGCAGUCGCUAUUAACGAAUCCUUUUGCAGCGUUGCUGCUGACAUACCACAACUAAACUUUACUCCCAUACCUGUUUCCAACAUUCCUGAUGAGUACAUUAUUGCCCGUGAUGCCGUAGAACUUGCUUUGGUGGCUGUCCAAGAUCGCAAGUCUGUAGGACCUGACGAGAUUCCCAAUUGGCUCUUGAAAACCUGCGCCACAACUAUUAGCAGCCCUGUGUGUUCCAUGUUUAACUCUUCUAUUAGAGAAGGUCGUGUCCCGAGGCUGUGGAAAUGUGCGGAUGUCCUCCCGUUGGGGAAGAUCUCUAGACCGAAGUCUAUUGAUACGGACCUUAGACCCAUAUCUCUAACUGCAGUGUUGAACAAAAUUCUUGAGUCUUUUGUUUUCAACUUUUGCACCUAUUGUUAUGCCAUACAUCGACCCUUUCCAGUUUGGUAG